GUUCGUUCCCAUUCCCGCUCCCUCCGCCAUGGCCGGCUCGGGCCUGGCAGCGGGCUGGGUGCCCACCCACGUGCAGGUGACGGUGCUGCGAGCCCGGGGGCUGCGGUCCAAGACGGCGGCGGUCGGGGGCAGCGACGCGUACACGGUGAUGGCGCUGGGCCGGGACAAGUUCUCCACGUCGGUGGCGGAGCGGUGCCAGGGGCAGCCGCUAUGGAGGGAGGAGGCCACGUUCGAGCUGCCCCCCCGGGCCGCCGCGCUGCGGCUCACGGUGCUGCACCGAGCCCUGGUCGGCAUGGACAAGUUCCUGGGGCGAGCCGAGGUAGACCUGGAGGCGCUGAGGAGCGAGGGCGGCCGGCGGCACACACGGUGGUACAAGCUUCGCUCCAAGCCGGGGAAGAAGGAGAAGGAGAGAGGGGAGAUCGAAGUGGAUAUCCAGUUCAUGAGGAGCAACAUGACAGCCAGCAUGUUCGAUCUGUCCAUGAAGGACAAGCCUCGCUCUCCCUUUGGCAAGCUCAAAGACAAGCUCAAGGGGAAGAGGAGCAGUGGCCUCUCCGACACGGCUUCAUCCAUCGUUCCCAACGCAUCCCACUCCCCUGCUGACAGCGAGGACGAGGCAGUUGAGAAGGAGAAGAAGAAAUCCAAGCUCAAAGCGCUCUUUUCCAAGCCUGGCCUGCAGAAGUCCUCCCUUUCCCAGUCCAUGUCAGUGCUACCAACACAGCAGCCCGGCACCCAGAGGGUUCUGCUUCGACCCGGUGACUUCCAGGCACAAUGGGAUGAUGAAGAACCUGAGACCUCUCCGACCUCAGAAAAGUCCUUUGGAAAUGCCCUGGAAGAGAAGUCCUCUCCUUCUCCUGUGUUUAAGUCCCGUAAAACAGCGAUUCUGGACAGCAGGCAAGUAGCCCAAGUGACCACGACCCACCCCAAGAAAGAAGGGCUCUCUUUAUUCGGUGGCCUUAAAUCCAAGAGCGAUCCCGUUUCCAAGUCCAGUCUGUGUAUCAAUGGCAGUCACGUUUAUAUGGAAGAGAGCAGCAUGAAGGACAACACCCCAGCCUCUUCCCCUUCUCCUCGCAACUUCCGGAGGAAGCAGCUCUUUGCUUCGGAAGAGAACCUGUCUUACAGGCCUGCUAAAGGACCUGAAGAGAUGGGAAGAACAUCUCCGAUGGGAAGAACAUCUCCCAGUCAUGCUUUCUCCGGGUCAACAUCCUUGGAGACCUUUAAGUCAAUGAGUUUGCCAUCGUACAAACUGCUGGGCAGUGAAGAGUACCUGGAAACCGAUGUCCCCCCAAGCAUUGAGGUUGGGAAAGAACCCAGAAAACCAGAGCACAAGAAGUCUGCCUUGUUCUCCCUGGUCGCUGGGAAGAAGGAAGCAGGGAAGGCUGGGGAUGCUGAGAAUAUUCCUGACAGGACCCUACAGGAGGAGGGAAACAGCAUUCCAGAAGAGGAGAGUGAACAAGAGGCCAGAUGUGUUGAGCCCCCAGCAGAUUCAGGCAGGGGGGAUGCUGCAGGAGCCAGACACCAUGUGGAAGACAUCCCUGCAAGCAAGCAGCCUCUCAACCCUUUCGAGGAGGAACGGGGACCUGAGAAAGCUGCUGCCCCAUCCAAGACCAAAGCUGUGAAGCCCAGGGUGCCUUCAGAGGAGGAAACCAAAGCCACGCUUCCUACUCUUGCACCUCCUUCCCUGCCUGCUUUCCUCUCUGUACACCCUAUCAGGAGUGCCAAUAACCCUUUUGUUUCCAAAAAGGGACAAAAAGGCCCCGACUCUGAGGGCAUCACUGGGUCUCCUGCGUCUUUUACCGCUCCUCCUUCUGCUGCAGGGCUUUUGAAUGGCAAGAACCCCUUUACUCCUGAGUGGGGCAGAGCACCCCCAGCUCUGGAUCCUGAAGGCAUCCGUUUCCCUUCAUCCCAUCAUCUUCCAACCUCUGUUCCCAAAGCGCCUCCUCCUGGGCAGGUCUCUGGUAGUGGUAAUAAUCCUUUUGCUUCUGAGUGGGAACAGAGCUCUUGGGGUCAGGGUGCUGAGGGCUCUGAUGGGUGGCCUUCUCAGGGUGUCUCUCACCCACCUGCAUCUUCUCUCCCCUCUGCUUGUCAUGUCCAUGGCAAUAAUCCCUUUGUGUCCCAGCUUGGGUGGGAAGCAGAUGCACCAAGGUCGGAAGCUGUCGCUUGUUCUUCCCUUCUCUGCCUUCCUCGUGAUGAAGGCUGCUCCUCAACACAGCACCCUGCUGAGCCGAAACCCUCUGCUCUCAGUGCUUCAGGGAGCUCUGCAGCUGAGGCUUUACCUGGUACUGUCAAAGCUGGAUCAAACCCUCUCAGCACCGUUUCUGACAAGCCUGCUCUGCCUCCAGCAGAGCACUGCAGCCCUCCCCAGCUGCAGGCUCCCAUCCCUAACAGGGAGACCACAGAGACUGGUGCUGAGCAGGCACCUUCCCCCGUGAGUGAGCUGAAGGAGAAGCAGGAGACCUUGGGUGAGAAGAGAUGGGAAGAGCCCCAAAUGACUCCACUUGGUAAAACUGCUUCACUUCCUCAAGCAGGACCAGCCAAACCAUCCUCAGGAGCUUGCCCCUUGUCCCAUCCAGUAGGGAGGGCUGGCAGUGAGGUCCUGGUCACCCCACAGCCAGCACCACGGCUGUCUUUAGGGCUGAAGAAGCGCCCCUUGGUUGCUCAUGAUGAGAUCGGGGAGGAUGUGCCCCCUCUGGGUGAUGGUGCCAAAUCCAUGCUGGGGCUCCCACUCCCUAAGGAUGAAGCCUCAGAUGCUCAUGGGUGCCUCCCCCGAAGUGGUUCAUUAGAGCCUGUCACUCCCCCAGGGACACAGAGAGCUGAGAGCAGGAACAGGCAUUUAACUAAUGAAGCUGACCGUGAUUUAUUUGACUCUCUUGCUAAUCUCAAGUCUGUUGUUCCAGUGCCUGGAGACCGUGGCUUGAAAGUGGCCAGUCUCCCCGUUAUCCCAGAGGGAGGCUCCGAUGAUGAGCUCCUGGGUGACUCGUAGGAGGACCUGGGUCUUGCUGCAGGGGGUGAAAACGUUUCAGAGGGAGGAAAGCAGCGCUUGGAUUUAAUGUCUCUGCAUGAGGAAGGGAAAGAGCACUCUGAUAGCUCUGCUGGUGCUUGUGAGCUGAGCACCGCAGCCAUGCUGCCUGCGCGAGUGGAUGCGCACAGUGUAGCUGCUUCAGGCUUAGGGGGGAUGUCUCAUUCCAGGGAGGAUAACGCUCCUUUGGAGAAACAAGAGCUGGAAAUCAGUGUGGGUGCUGUGGAGGGUGACUUCUCUGAGCCUUCUCUUUCCUCUUCCUCCCUGUCCGGUGCUUCCCAGCCUUCCUCUU